AUGGACAGACUUCUAAGUCCUGACAAAAGCAACUCAAUCAAACAUCCACAACUAUCAAAGCCAAGGCUCUUCACAGCAAAACGCUUGGCACAUACCUUCAUAUACACUAUGAACAAGGUCCGUGAUGUUCCUGCUGCUGCAAUUGGCAAGAUUUCCAGGGGCACUGGGAAACUUCCAAAGAGAGGGCAGAUAAAGUCAAGGAUAGCAGCAAAUGCUUUCCACUCCAUUGUUUCCGUUCUAUACAAAGCCUCUUCAAAUCAACAUCAUUCCCAGAGGAAAAGCUACCUGAGGAAGGCAUAA